ACCAGACUCGCUCACCGCGGACCUAUUAAGUAGGCAUUUUUCUUAAUCCCCUCGUACCCCGUGGUGCUACUAAUACUACGCUGUCCCCCCCCAAAAUCUCCCCUUCCCUUCUUUUUGUCACCCCACCUCUCUCUCUCCCAUUCUCUGACCCCAUCCGACUGUCGUAGAACCGUCGUUCACCAUGUCUCUUACCAACAAGCUCGCUAUCACCGAUGUCGACCUCAAGGACAAGCGUGUCCUGAUCCGAGUCGACUUCAACGUCCCCCUCAAUGACAAGAAGGAGAUCACCAACAACCAGCGUAUCGUCGGUGCUCUGCCCACCAUCAAGUACGCCAUCGACAAUGGUGCCAAGGCUGUUGUCCUCAUGUCCCACCUGGGCCGCCCCGACGGCAAGAAGAACGACAAGUACAGCCUGAAGCCCGUUGUUGCCGAGCUCGAGAAGCUGCUUGGCCGCAGCGUUGUCUUCACCGAGGACUGCGUUGGCCCCGAGGCUGAGGAGGCCGUCAACAAGGCCACUGGUGGCCAGAUUGUUCUCCUUGAGAACCUGCGUUUCCAUGCCGAGGAGGAGGGCAGCUCCAAGGAUGCCGAGGGCAAGAAGGUCAAGGCCGACAAGGAGAAGGUCGCUGAGUUCCGCAAGGGCCUGACUGCUCUUGGUGAUGUCUACAUCAACGACGCUUUCGGCACUGCUCACCGUGCCCACUCUUCCAUGGUCGGUGUUGACCUUCCUCAGAAGGCUUCUGGUUUCCUCGUCAAGAAGGAGCUCGAGUACUUCGCCAAGGCUCUCGAGAGCCCCCAGCGCCCCUUCCUUGCCAUCCUGGGUGGUGCCAAGGUCUCCGACAAGAUCCAGCUGAUUGACAACCUGCUCCCCAAGGUCAACAGCCUGAUCAUCACCGGUGCCAUGGCCUUCACUUUCAAGAAGACCCUGGAGGGUGUCAAGAUCGGAAACAGUCUCUUCGACGAGGCUGGCAGCAAGAUCGUCGGCGAGGUCGUCGAGAAGGCCAAGAAGCACGACGUCAAGAUCGUUCUCCCCGUUGACUACGUCACUGCUGACAAGUUCGCUGCUGACGCCAAGACUGGCACUGCCACCGAUGCUGAGGGUAUUCCCGACGGCUACAUGGGUCUGGACGUUGGCGAGAAGAGUGUUGAGCUCUACAAGCAGACCAUUGCCGAGGCCAAGACCAUCCUCUGGAACGGUCCCCCCGGCGUCUUCGAGCUGGAGCCCUUCGCCAACGGCACCAAGAAGACCCUCGAUGCCGUCGUCUCCGCUGCUCAGUCCGGCUCUAUCGUCAUCAUCGGAGGUGGUGACACUGCCACCGUCGCCGCCAAGUACGGCGUCGAGGACAAGCUCAGCCACGUCUCCACCGGUGGUGGUGCCUCUCUGGAGCUCCUUGAGGGCAAGGAGCUGCCCGGUGUUGCUGCCCUGUCGACACAUACACCGCUUCCAGCAAAGUUGCAGCAAGCAAGCAAGCCUGCUACCAGACCUCCCACGAUAGACGCGACGACCUAUUCUCUGUAG